CCUUGAAGCGCACUAACGAGUCCUGUCCCUUUAGGAAGGUGCUUCUUAGUCCUCGUUAUGUGGACAAAUGAGCAGCUGCUUAAUUAUGUCAAGGGAGUUGGGAGCACAGUCAGCAAGCAAAGAAUUAGUAAAAGACUUUCCUGUAAUGGUUUGAGAUCAGGCAGGGCCCAAGGUGCCCCCGCUCAGGAAGACACGUGCAGACCCGUCUGAAUGUUUGACAUGAAGAACCUGAAUGACUCCCACAGGGCUGUGAUGUGAUGCGCUCACAUGUCACCAAAAUUCCGAUUUCUGGCAUCAAAUGUUUGGAGGCAGAGAAACGGUGACUAUGAGUCCAACGACAGCAUCCCUGCUGGUGGAAACAUUCCGCUUUGGGGUUGGUUCUCUCUGCUAAUGGUCCCUCCUGAGAUGUGUGCAACCCUGGUGACACCGACAAGAAGCGUGUGACCUCUGACCUCUGUGCUGGCCAACAAGGGUUUCUCCACAAGCACAGAAGCCACAUUUUGCUUUGGGAUUAAAUACUUAUUUCCCUCAAUCAAAUCCAAAUGAAUUUAUAACCUUACAGUCUUUCUCGGUUCCAAUAAACAUGCCAUAAAAGUUCUGAACUGCUCAUCAAUCAGCAGGGGAUCAACUACUUACUUGUCCGACCGUAUGUGCAGUUUGGAAUCUCCAACUGGCCUAGCAUGCGUAGUUUUGGAAAACGGCACACAGACGUCACAGUUACUGCAUUAUCCUGCAAGCUAGCAUGCAUUCAUGAGCUAUUCUGUCAUUCUUCUUCCUUCUCCAUGUGCAACACGUCAUUGCCUGCAUGAACCUUCACUUAACUAAUUCCUUUUGAUGACUGAACUCGAACAACUGCAGAGUAGUGAAGAGCAAGAGUCUGGAAUUACUGAACUUUGUGGAUUACGGACUCCUUAAACAUCAAAAGCCAAUAAUCGAUUGAGCUUUGACAAAUUGUAAGACCCGUCUGACGUAACAUCUUCCACUGCGUUUUAGGUUUUGAGGAUCAGUAUAGCUCUUGAUGAGGGGCAGUGAUAAGAGACCAAAGAAACUCCAGUGCUGAGACAUGAAACAACCUUUUCACGAUGGGUCACUCAACCCCUGAGACUCCCCAACAUUUUUCUUGCUUAAGGAAACGCUGAUGUUCACAGAAAUCCCACCGAGAUGAAUUCAGCUUCACAACGGAGCCAUUCUCUGCAAAGCCGUGCCAGCAGCACAUGCCUUCAGUACUUGGAGGAGCCCAGUGGGGCUGAGAUGAAGCAGCAGGAGUGGCAGGUGUGUAGUGACUUCACAUUUUACCGCUGCCGAGGGAUUCAGUUGAGAUGGAAGGCGUGGCAAGAUGAAACUUAAAGCUCCCACAUUCCAAAAACAGCGGACUGGAGACUCUAAAUGUCCACGACCCAGCUCAGACUAGAGCCGCCCUCUCUCGUCUCUGGCGUAAUGCCCACGAGGCCUUUUUUUUUCUGAUCAAGAAAUCUUGUUGUUUGAAUCUCACGAGACCUUGUGACACCCCAGGGAGAAUACAAUGACCUGAAAGAAUGAGAAUUUUCCCAGGCCUGACUAGAAGUGUGACUGUUUUGGUCUAUGCCCUGUGAUUGGCUGGCGACCAGUCCAGGGUGUAGUCCUCCUCUUGCCUGAAAUUGGGGUAGACUCCAGCUCACCCGUGACUCUAAUGAGGCCAAGUGGCGUAGAAAACGGAAGGAUGAACGUGUCGGGUUCGUAACAGCGGGAAAUUGCACGGCCAGCGGUUUAAAAAAACAAGACACGUUUGCUACCUGCUUCUUCCAAAAAGUGAAAAUAGCACACAGAAAUAUUUGUUUCCAUAAUGUACGUAUUCUUUGGAAUGAAUGGCUGGUGAUGCUAGAGUGGGCCUCUGGACCAAAGCAUCACAUUAGCCAGUUUGGCAUGGGGUCUGACAUCAUGCUCUGAAUGGUCCACGAUGAAGCAGAACUAAAAACACACACACACACACACACACUCCCUCUAUAUAGGCUGCAGGCUGUGUAUCUUAGCUCCAUGAACACAUGUACACUCACAUUAAGUGCACACGUAAUUACAGUAAUUCCGCAGCGUCAGUAAGGGAUCAAUCCACCAGCAGAUAAACUACAGCAUCUUAUGCCAACACGCAUGUUCCAUCCCCAUGUUGAGUGUAGGAACGAUAAGCGCAUUGAAACAUACCUUUACAAAGCAAGACCUGUUUUUUUGUGUCUCUCUCUUUUGCUUCUCACAAACAAAAACAUCAUUCUGUCAGUUUUGCGAGUAAAGCUGGAUGGCAUGUCUUCGCAUCUGUUCCGUCACUACAUGUACGAUAGUAGAGCAUAGAACUACAGUACAGUAGAGCCCCACGUUUUGCGGGAGUUACAUUCCACGCCAUCCGGCGAUUGAUGAAAACCCCCGAGUAAACACGAACGCAAGCACUAACCCGCCCCCCUCCAGAACUAAACAUGUAGAAAUGGAGAGAGCUGGCGAAGAAACUCAUUUCUUCCUGAGCACGAGCAUUUACAGCAGCAGUGCAUGCUCGUGUGUCUGUGUGCGUGUGGCUGAGUAUGAGUACGUUUACACUCUGUUGUGUUUUAUUGUUUGUUCAUUUAAGCCAGCGUUUUUGGAUGCCCGCUGAUGUCGUGUAAGUUUUGAAUAGGGACGAGGGCCACGUCUCGGAGACCCCCAGCUUGUCUUAACAGUCAUGAGACAUUCAUUCCAUGCAACACACAUCUGGCCUUGAAAAUAAGACGGCUGCACCACAUCCUGUCUAAUUGUGCAAACAAAAUAAGGGUGUCAUAAAAAAUAGCUUGCAUUGGCAUUGCAUCAGUGACUAUGUCUUCCUUAACCUUGUCGAGGACUUUGUAGAAAUGUGUGCAGAGGCUGACAUCCCGUUAGAAAAGUUAGCCAAGCUACAUUUGUUUCUGACAUACACGGUCAAAUUGACCAUUGGUUUAUUACGUCAAUAAAUGGAAAGAUUUUUGCAUUUUAAAAAAAGGACAUUCUAUUCACGAACCCCCAAAGCACACGCUCUAUGCUAAAAAUUCAAAAAAAUGGAAGUGGAUACUACGUACUUUGAAAAAAAAAUACAUCAGAAUUUGGGAGAAAAUCCAAUCUGAAUCCGCCGAUUUGUGGCGCCGUGAAUGUGCUGGGAUCCGCUGUACUGCGUUCGGUUGGCGUCACAGAACAUCCAACGUCAAAGUUCAGUAGCGAAUCAUACAGUUUCAAGAAAUACCAAGUUAUUGUGUCUUGUAAAAGAUAAACAUUUCAAAUAAGACACAAUAAUUGAAUAUCAUCAAAAAUGUGAGCAGGUGUGAUGGCUGGAUCACCAAGUAACUGGGUCAACCUACCCGUUUCCGAAUGUCUCAUGUGACAGCUUUGGUUUAUUUUCUGCAGGGAUUAUACUUGAGUUAUUUUAUACAUUAUUUUAUACACAAAGACAGAAAGAGAACAUUGGAGCCUUAAUCUCCAACCUGUAUAGUUGUGCCUGAGAGGAAGAAUGGCGGAAUAAGGGGAUGUACGUUCGAAGUGAAGCAGGAAGCUUGUAUUGUCAUCUGAUGAUGAGUUGGAAAAUAGCGAGCAGCCCAAAGGAUUACUGGCCGCUGAUAAUCUGCAACCUCUCAUGUGACGUAAGGAGGUGGAGAGAGACAUAGAGAGGGACUGCGGUGUGGGUCGUGAAUUAUUUUAGAUUAGUCUGGACAUGCGCCAAGUGGGAUUCGGAGUCAAUGUUGGAUGCUAACUGCUAAACUGACCACUUAGAAGCCCGUCCCACUGUCUGUGGAGGAACUUUACACGGCUGCCCUGUUUUUAACGUAUGGUCCCGCUGUGGAAUGCUUCGCUGGUGCAGUGGAUUAUUUUCCUGAGAAAUAAAUGUUGGGAUUCUAAAUACCGUGCUGUGGAAGUGAGGAGAUAUCCUGUAACGAUGCUUCCAUGUAAUGUGGGUUUGCAACCUGUGCCGUAAGCAGCAAGAGAUUCUCACUAAAUCAGGAGAAUGGUUUUCAGAGUCAGGGGCGCGGCCUGGGAGCCUGGGCUCCACCUUGAACGACCCAGCCACGGGGGGUGAGGCCCAACGGGAUAGGAAGCUUCUCCGCUCCAAGUCUCAAGCCCCGUCGUCCACAACGAACAGCAACACCGUGCUGCCGCACAGGACGCAGACGCAGGCGCCGGCUGGUGGAACUGCUGCCAUCCAGGGUCCCGACACAAUGCCUGGCACCCGCUCCCAAAGUGAACCACCUAGAGAAAAGAAAAGGCCACUUUCUUACCAUGAACAAAAUGGUAAGGGAGGCUUGGGACGUGGUAGUGGUCGGAGGUCUGCUGGAAAGUUGCCAUCUCAGUCAUCUUUGGAUGAAAGGGUCGGUCUUAGCGAACGAAGGGAGAGACAGUUCGGCGAUGGUCACAGACUGGAGAAGAUCCACUCUCAAGACUAUGAUGACGAGGAGGACGGCUUGGGUCGCUUGGAAAGAAAUCGCAGACGACCAGAAGAUGACGAACAGAGGGAGCGCCAGCGACGUGAGGAGGAGUUCCAGAACCGUUAUCGUAGUGACCCCAACCUUGCUCGAUACCCUGUGAAGCCACAGAAAGAGGAACAGGAGAUGCGCAUGCAUGCCAAGGUAUCCAAGGUCCGCCAUGAACGUAGACAUAGUGAUCUUGCGAUCAACGAGGUGGGACUAGGGCCAGGUGAAGGAGCAGGCAGUGGAGCACAGGUGCCUGAAAGCCGUCUGACCAGGAGAGGAAACCGCAAAGCCCAAUCGGAAAGCCACAGAGCGUACUCUGUGGAAAGGACCGUGGGGGAACCUGUGCGACCUGUGCCACCAGAUAACCAGGGCUGCUUGGAGCCAGGUACAGCGCACACGCUGAGAGAAAAAGGUGGGGACAACCUGCUGAGGAAGGACUCUCAGAGUUCGGAACAGUCGGAGUCGUUGUGUCCGCCCCCUUCGCGGUCGUACAAGAGCAAGCGCGGAGUAAACAAGAGGCAGAUGUCCAUCAGCAGCUCAGAGGAGGAGGGCGGCUCGACGCCUGAGUACACCAGCUGUGAGGACGUGGACAUGGAAAGUGUCAGCGAGAAAGGUGACUGGGACUGUCAUCCACUCGACCCUGCAGUGUGGCAUCAUCCAGUAACGUGGCAGCCUUCUAAAGAGGGUGAUCAUCUGAUUGGACGCAUCACGUUAAGCAAGAGAGCAGCCAUGCCUCGAGAAGCUGGGUCCCUCCUUGGCCUAAAAGUUAUAGGUGGGAAGAUGACGGAGACAGGAAGGCUUGGGGCCUUUAUCACCAAAGUCAAGAAAGGAAGCCUGGCAGAUGUCGUGGGGCAUUUAAGAGCAGGUGAUGAGGUGUUGCAGUGGAACGGGAAGUCGUUGCCAGGGGCAACCAAGAAGGAGGUGUACAACAUCAUCCUUGAAUCCAAGGCGGAGCCUCAAGUGGAACUGGUAGUCUCCAGACCCAUAGGCUCCAUUCACCGAAUUAUGUCCAAAAACCUCUUGAGAAAAGUAUAUAAAGCAUAUCAGGACAUCCCAAGAAUCCCAGAGUCAUCUCACCCUCCUCUAGAAUCAACGGGUUCCAGUUCCUUCGAGUCACAGAAAAUGGACCGGCCCUCGAUAUCAGUGAUGUCCCCAACAAGUCCAGGAACCCUCAGAGACCUUCCUCUGGAGCUGCGUGGACAGCUCUCUGUGAAGCUGUGGUAUGACAAAGUAGGUCAUCAACUUAUCGUCAACGUCCUUCAAGCCAUAGACCUGCCAGCCCGACCAGAUGGACGACCCAGGAACCCAUAUGUCAAAAUGUACUUCCUUCCUGACAGAAGCGAUAAGAGUAAACGUCGUACUAAAACGGUGAAGAAGAGCGCUGAGCCCAAGUGGAAUCAGACCUUCAUAUACUCACAUGUUCACCGACGUGACUUCCGGGAGCGCAUGCUCGAGAUCACCGUCUGGGACCAACCCAGAGUCCAGGAAGAGGAAAGUGAAUUCAUGGGAGAGAUCCUGAUAGAGUUGGAAACCGCGUUGCUGGAUGACAUUCCUCAUUGGUACAAACUCCAGACACACGACGUGUCCUCUAUCCCUUUGCCGCAGCCUUCUCCGUAUCUCCCACGCAGACAUGUCCACGGAGACAGCCCCAGCAAGAAACUACAGAGGUCUCAUCGCAUCAUUGAUACAGAGUUUGAUGAUGGUUUGAUGAUAAUGACUAAAGGAGGAGAACGUAGUUCCAGGGAAAGGGAGCGAGGAAGUACGUUGGCUGUUCCUGAGCAGCAGCGUGCCAUCCAGUACCGCUCUCGCUCCGUAUCGCCCCACAGAGAGGACUCGUGUAGGGCGAGGUCAAGACCUGCACAUGUGCCCAUGCAGAGGAGCCUGGAUGAGAUCCACCAGAACCGGCACCACUCCCCGUCCCCAUCCCACUACCAUGACCCUCAUUUGGAGCACCAACGCUCGGGUGACUCGGACUACGAGUACUCUGAAGACAGUGAGGUCCUGGAGAUGCACAGGUCAAUCCAAGGCGGGAGUGCAGAGUGCCUACACACAAACAGGGGCGCAUGUAGACAUAGCGACACACUCCCCCCCAAAAUGCCCCUGUUAGUCAAUGGUAUCCAUAAAGACAUGUACAGCUCCACCCUCCCUGCAUGCCUAAAGAGCAGGCUGCCCCAAAGGCACGAGGGGGGCAACAACACGCAUCGUAACGUCUUUGCACACCGUGUGCUCAGGUUCACUGACGAGGUCAGAGUUAGCGACCUGCAGCCAUCGUUGGACAGAGUGAGGAGUGCCAGCACGACAUGUCUCCGACCAGACAACUUUCAGUCGUCAGACAGAGACAGCAGGCAAUGUAGCGAUACAUCAAGUCCAAACUGUCUACAGGGCAGCAAAAAAGCCCUGGAGGGCGAUAGUUGUCAUUAUUCCGCAAAUGGCAGUCGCAUCCAGCCCACCUCUAUCCUGAGGGGCAGUAGGGGAAGAGGGGGGCCACUGAGGCCAUUUGGCCAGACAGCUUUGGCUGGGUCCUGUCCAGCCUCUCCACAGACAGACAGAACACACCCUCACGGUGGCCCCACAUCCCCCACAGGGACGCCAUCAUCAGGUCGCAGGGCUAGGCAGCUGCCACAGCUUCCUGCUAAGAGCAGCAGCAUAGAACAAGCCCUUGCAGUUGAGGAGCGAGCCCGACAGCUGCACAUGAAAGUACAUUCCUACCGGCCUUCAGCUUCCCAUGACCCUGAGUCCGACCUCAAGACCAAACGGGAGAUGUUUGCAGAACAGCGUCGUAGCAGCGACAACAUGUCUGCCAGGUCGUCAGACAGCGAUAUGAGUGAUAUGUCGGCGCUCUCCGGUGCCAGCAGUGCCUCUCGCCUCAGUAGCACCAGCUACAUGUCCAUCCAGUCAGAACGCCCAGGGGGGCGUCUAAGAUCGAAGUCAUUAGAGGAGGAGAAAAAAGACAGGCGGAUCUCCUGGGGGGUUACGGGAGAAGAGGGGAGGAAGAGGGCGGCAGGAAAGAGACGUUUCUCUGAGGAGUUGAAGCGCAGGCGACACACUGUAGCUGGAGAUACGGGGGAGUCCAGUCGGCAGAUGCGAGCAUCGGCAGGACGCAGCAUGCUAAAGAGCUCCAGCGUGAGUGGUGAGAUCUACUCGCAGGAGCGCACCGAUGGCAGCCAGUCGGACACAGCGCUGGGCACCGUGGGUGGAGGCAGCAAGAAGAGACGAUCCAGUCUCAGUGCACGUGUGGUGGCCAUCGUUGGCAACCGCAGGAGUCGCAGCACUUCCCAAAUCAGUGGCCCUGAAGCAAAGACUAAGAAAGAGAAAGGUGCCCCCAUCCAGAGGAGCACAGAGACGGGCAUGGCGGUGGAGCUGACCAGAAACAUGAGCAGGCAGCCCAGCAGGGAGUCCAACAACGGCAGCAUGAACAGCUACAACUCCGAGGGGAAUUUGAUCUUCCCUGGUGUCAACCUGGGGGCCAGCAGCCAGCUCAGUGACUUCCUGGACGGGCUGGGUCCAGCUCAGUUAGUUGGCAGGCAGACACUGGCGACGCCAGCCAUAGGUGACAUCCAGAUAGGUAUGAUGGAGAAAAAGGGUCAGCUGGAGGUGGAAGUUAUCAGAGCCCGCGGACUUGUACAAAAGCCAGGAUCGAAAUCUCUCCCAGCGCCAUACGUCAAGGUCUAUCUGCUGAAUAACGGCGCAUACGUAGCCAAAAAGAAAACCAAGAUUGCACGGAAAACACUUGACCCACUCUAUCAGCAAGCGCUGCUCUUUGAGGAAAGUCCACAGGGUAAAGUCUUACAGGUGAUUGUAUGGGGAGACUACGGCCGCAUGGACCAUAAAAGCUUUAUGGGCGUUGCACAAAUCCUCCUGGAGGAACUGGACUUAUCAAGCACAGUCAUUGGUUGGUACAAGUUGUUCCCGCCUUCUUCUUUGGUGGAUCCGACUCUGGCCUCCCUCACACGUCGAGCUUCGCAGUCGUCACUCGACAGCUCCUCCGGCCCCCCCGGGGUCCGAUCCUAGUGGACCAACAGCGCUGUGCGAGUAAGGAACUCAGACAUGUACUGAGGGAAGAGAUGCAGAAAUGUCCAGCAGCAACAAUCAGAAAACACACCACAAGAAGAAAGCUUUGUUGAGAUCUGACAAUCACUCCUACCGUGGUUCUGUUCUCGGGAGCGCCGCAUUUCAGUGUUUCAUAACCAUUUAGGAAAUAUCUCUCUUUUUCUUUGAGUAUACUGAAGACUGGGGGGGGGGGCUGUCGACAGACGACAAGCGGUAGCUUUCAAGUUGAGAGGCGAUGAAGCUGAUCAAGAUCAAUGAUGUGUGAAAGGAAGCGGGGUGGUUUUUAGCGGAAUUAACAAUAGCAAUGCAUUGUAUGUAAGCGUCGGAAUGUAUGAACUCGAGACAGAGGUCAUGCAGGUAGUACACUGGUGUCCUAUCUGCACUGUCCUCCUCCAGAACCCCAUCAGACUGCCAGCAUCUCUGCCCACAGGCAGCAUGCUUCCACAUGGGUAUUUAGUCUGGAAGCACAGGGCCUUCUACUGGUGCCUAGACCCCGGAGCCGCAUCACUGGUCCCUCUCUGUCGAAAGAUCCUCUUUUCAAAAUGUUUACCAUGGCUGCUCAAAGCCAUACUCUUCUAGUGUGUUGCUUUCUUGUCCAUUUCUUUGUUCCUUUGUUAUUGGCACAAAAUGUUUUUCUAGUGUGUUUAAAUGCUCCUGAUUUGUUGUCAGUCUGAUGUGUGCAUGAAGAGAAAACACAAGUGGUAAAAAAAAAAUUGGAUAUGAAAAGUAUUUGUCUGCAAGUCUUGUGCGGGUUUGGGAGACACAGCUUCAAGUUUGAAACAUGAAAUGACAUUCAUGUUUUAUUUGUUCCACUGCCCAGUCGUCCUUGUAUAGAUGUGCAGAAGCAGACCUCCAAGUGGGGUGACCGACUAACGUUCAUGUCGCCAUAAAAUGCCACAGAAUCCUGUACAUCCUCCGUGCAAAUUAAGGCAAAAUCUGGAGAGUUAACCUCGUCAAAACACCCUCACCCCCUUUCCAGGUGAGACACAAGCACAAGAGCUUGCUUUUUUACAACUUUAAAAUUGAACUUUUUGCAAAAAAACAAAAGCGUAGUUAAAGAGAUUAUGACACAAUCGAAUCGCUUGUCCUGCUCAUUUUCUCGUGUAGAUACUAGAAUACAGAAAGCGUUUUUUCUUGUGCACCGUUCAUGUGGAAGUAACCGAUCAGUCAACACCGAUACUCAUCCUCCGUUCGGCCGACAGACACCUCUCAUCUCGGUAGAGGGCGGCAGGGUCCAAUAUGUCCUGUUCCAAGCUGCAUGCAGAUUCUUUUUUUUGGUAAAGCGACUCAGAUACAUGAAAAAAAGCUAGUGAACUCGGUACAUGUGUUUGUCCCACAUACUGUAGGGACGCUUGUAUGUUGCAUGCACUUGUACAGUUUGCUUGUAAAUGAAUAUUAAAGAGAUCAAAUCAAGAAACUGAAGCCAUUCCCAUUACGACAAGUACAUUUGUCUACGCUACGUCUCUCAGUCAGGUGCCGGACGUCCCAAACACAAUCUCAAGAUUAUGUCGACGUUGUUCCUCGUCCCGCUAACGGAUGUACUAUUGCGAUGUCAUGAAGUAAUGAACGAGUCGUUCUUGAAUCGCAUUUAUUUUAUUUUUUUUGUAUUACUCACUCGGGACUCACGGGUACUUGUCUGCGUUAGCUCGUUCGCUGACUCACCCGUGCUAGGCUAAGUUCAGAAAGGAAAGCAGUUGCCAGAACUGUGCAACCGUUACUCGAACUGUAAAAAUGCAUUAACCCCCUGAAAAAACAACACAUCUGGUCUUUACCUUUCCUCCACAAAACAAGCAAUCCACUCGCUCUGCCUGCGAGUUUCACUGGCUCACGGGUGCUCCUUGAAGACUCCAGUUUCACGAACUCACGGGUGCGCGACAAAUACUCGAGUUACACUAACUUGUGGGUUGAAGAAGAUCCGAGUUUCACUGAUUGACGGGUUGACGAAGACAAAGACUCCAGUUUAACUAACUCAUAAGUGCUCUUUGAAGACUCGAGUUUCACUGACUCACAGUUGCUUGACAAAAACUCGAGUUUCACUGACUCAUGGGUGCUCAAGAAGUACUCAAGUUAGACUGACUCAGAUUGUGCUCGACAAGUAUUUUGAGUUUCACUGAUUCUCGGGUGCUCGUCAAGGACUCAUUCUUCAUGACUCACAGGUUGACGAAGGCUUGAGUUUCACUAACUCACGGGUGCUCUUCGAAGACUCCAGCUUCACCGACUCACGGCUGCUGGGCAAAUACUCGAGUGUCAGUGACUCACGGGUGUUCGACGAAGACACGAGCUUCUUUGACUCACUGGUUGACGAAGACUUCAGUUUCACUGACUCACGGGUGCUCGACGAGUGCUCGAGUUUCACUGACUCACGGCUUUGAUGAAGACUCAAGUUUCACUGACUCUUGGGUCGGUGCUUGCGCUCUGAAUCGAUGAAUCGAGUACGGGAUUGACUUGAGUGAGUGACUGGUUAGAACUGGAGUCCGUGAAAGGAAUGGGUUUUCCCGUCACGAAUGUCCUGUAGUGAGCUGGCACCCGGUCCUGCUGGUACUGGAUACCUCCAAGGAGCUGGCACAUGAAAAACCACGUACAGUACCAAUCAGGUCCACUUGUAUGGAACUAGAAGUUCUGUUUCAACAUGAAGACCUGAAAUAAGUAUCAAGGCAGCCAAUCACGGUCAUGCAAGGAGGGGUUAUGAAUACAUUAUUAGUGGCUAUGCAGUGAGACGGGUCACAAUCAUGGUCGCCCAUGAAACAAACGAGUCUGUAAAAGUUCUGAAUCCCGCUCAUAUCCACUCUUUUUCUUUGUCAGUUUUAACCGAAAACUUUGAUUGUUUACAACGUGUGUGUUCCGCUGAAAGAACAUUUGACAAAAAGUAGUCGAGCAUUGAUUGCAACAAUUCUUGUUUGUAUAGCAGAUGUGGCUCAGAUGAUGUGUAUGUUUUAUAUUUCAAAAAGUUCAUUUUUAUUAUUUACAAAUAAAAGAAUGUGUGGAAGAGAAAUGUUGUUUUUACUUC